AUGAAACCAUUUACUCCAUUGGGCAGCAUCUGCUUUGCUCUUCCGGCCUUGGCUGCCCCCUCAGCAAAGAGCUUUGAGCCAUCCUCUUUUGCUGCACGCGAUGUCAUCACGCGUGACUUCGCCAUUGUUGGUGGUGGUGCAGCUGGCACUUACGCUGCUAUUGCUUUGAAGGACCAAGGCAAAUCAUUUGUCAUGGUUGAGAAGACAGACCGUCUGGGUGGUCAUGCGAUGACCUACGAAGACCCCAUAAGUGGGGGCUCGGUCGACUUCGGUGUUCAACUCUAUGACAAUGACACUGUUGUGCGCGAUUUUUUCAAGCGCCUCAACACACCUCUCGCUGAUGUGGCAUUUUCUUCCUUCGGGAACCCUGUUUAUUCUGACUUCAAAGCGGGUACCAUACUCAACCUCACCACUGGCUCUCUCCACCAGGACUACCUUGACGAGCUGGCAAAAUAUCCGUAUCUUAAUAACGGAAUUGAGCUGCCUAACCCUGUCCCCGAGGAUCUCCUGCUACCCUGGGUGGACUACGUCGCCAAGUAUAACCUGCAAGACUCGGCAAUGUCAACCUUGGCCCGCCCUGCCGUGCCUGGCCAUUUGCUAGAUAUUCCGGCCUUGUACGUGUUCAAUGACCUCAACGACCUCAUGCUGCAUGAGGAUAAUGGUGCAGCCGUGCGCAAUGCCAACCGCGACAAUUCGGAGUUAUAUCGCAACGCGCUCACUGAGCUCAGCGCGGAUAUCCUUAUGAACUCAACUGUCAUCUCGGGUAAUCGCAACUUUACCGGCAGUCACCCCGUGCGCCUCGUCGUGAAAACUCCGAAAGGCAAAAAGCUCAUAGUUGCCAAGCAGCUUAUUGUUGGCAUUCCCCCGACAACCAAGAAUAUGAAGAGCUUUGGUCUAGAUACCCGCGAGAACAGGAUUCUCUCAAAGAUUUACGGAUUGCCCUACUACGGUGGUGUUAUUAGCAAUACUGGUCUUGCCAGUGGAACCAGUUACAAGAACUACGCUACCAACAACACCUACAACAUCGCCGAUAUCCCCUCCGUGGUCUCCUUUAAUCCGUCCUCGGUUGAUGGACUUCUUUACUACUGGUACAAUAGCGUGACUCCAGUCAGCCAGAAGCGGAUUGAAAAGGAGGCCCGUCAGGCUAUCAAAAUGCUUCAGAAGGUCACGGGUGCUACCACUCGCCCUGAGCCCCAGUUUCUUGCUUUCUCCGAUUUCGGACCUUUCCAUCUUGCGGCUGAGGUAGAGGAUAUCAGGAAUGGAUUUUAUCGUGAUAUGUAUGCCCUCCAGGGCCAUCUGAACACGUGGUAUACUGGAACACUAUUUGUGCCUGGAUCCAGUCAAGUUUGGAAUAAUACCGCUAAUAUGCUACCGGAUAUCUUGGCUGCUGCGAAAUAA